AUGGUCAUACGUGAUCACGCUGAAGAAUGUGUCACUCCAUCAUUAUUAGCACGUUUAUAUUUUAGUUGUGGCUAUGAUUUACCACCGGAGUACUAUCACUUUCAUAACAAUGAGGGUUAUGAAGAUGAGGAUUAUGAAGAUGAAGAUUACAAAGAUGAGAAUGAUGACGAAGAUGGGGAUGAGGAUGAUGAGGAUGAAGAUGAUUAUGACUAUGAUUACGAGGAGGAGGAGGAUUACGAUGACCAUUUUGGAUACUGA